GCCUGCGUGACCCGAGCCCCCGUCUCGGUCUCCGUCGUCUCCCACAGCUGCGGCCUCUCAGUCAUGGGCGCCGUCUGGUCCGCCCUGCUGGUCGGAGGGGGUCUGGCCGGAGCGCUUUUCGUUUGGUUGCUGCGGGACACGGGAAAGGAGGGGGAUGCGGAGCAGGGGAAGGACGCCUCUCCAGGGGAGGCUGCGGCUCCGGGAGACGAUCAGGGUGGUGGCGGCGGACUGAGCCCUGGACCUUCUAGGCGGGAGCUGGUCACCAAACCAGAGCAUCUUCAAGAAAGCAAUGGAUGUUUGGUUUCUAGGACUAAAGGCCCUGGUGACCUGCAGGAAGCAGCAUGGAGACUGCAGAGUCCUUCUGGAGAAGGCAGUAACCAUGACAAUUCAAGAGCACAUGUUCCUUCUGGACAAUUACCAGACACACAAUCUCUAGCUACCUCUGAGACUGGUAACUCUAGAAGUUACUCUGACGUUUCAAGAAACGAAAGCCUUGGAUCUCCUAUAGGAGAAUGGGGAUUCCAAAAAGGCCAAGAGAAAACUGCUCAAGCAGAUCCACAUCUGGCAGAGAAGUUGCCUUCUAGCAACCUGCUCCUGGACAGAGCGAAAGAAGAAGUGAGCCUUGCACAGUUGGACAGUCGGGCACGGGCUGACCACGUGGACUGGGAGAUGGUGACCCGGUGCUCAUCUUGGGGCGAUGUUGGUUUGGGUGGCAGUCUUGAAUCUCCAGUGUUAAGCUCUAAGCAGGGAGAGGACUAUGACAGAAGCACUCUUGUGGAAGCAAGAGGUCAGGAAGUGGAUGUGAAACCAAAAAGGGUAGGAACAGUGUCUCCAGAGUCUCAUCAGGUUAGUGUCAGCUUCCAGGUCCAUUAUAUCACACGCACUGGUGUGCAAUGCCUUGCAGUAACUGGAGACCAUGAGAGUCUUGGGAGAUGGAACACUUACAUCCCACUCCAGUCUAGCAAGGACGGGCUCUGGUCUCGUUCUGUGCCCCUGCCGGCAGACACAGUGGUGGAAUGGAAGUUUGUGGUAGUAGAGAAUGGGGAAGUUAUCCGUUGGGAAGAAUGCAGCAAUAGAUUCUUAGAGACUGGCCAUGAGGAUAAAGUGGUUCACAAGUGGUGGGGGAUUCACUGA